AUGAACCACAAUUGUCUCAGAUUACACGAUGAAGAAAAGUUGAGCUCAACUGGCAGUCUGAUAUUGUUGAUAUGUUUAUCUACACAGUUUUCAAAAUUUAAUAAAGAAAUUUGCAGAAUCUUUUUGAUGCCAUUAAGAAAGCUGCUUCGUUAUUGUUCUAAAUUGAUCUCAUUUUUGGGUCAAUUUUAUUCUAUGUUCCUGAUCUCUCCUCAAUACGAACUAAAUCACCAAUAUCAAGCGAGUACGCUUAAUCCUAAUAAAUUGUUUUCCCGCUUCAAAAAGUUCUACCAAGCAAUAAAUCAUAAAUUCUUGAAAGAGAGGGAAAGCGUGUUGAGCAAAAGAAAGCAAAGUUGUAACCACUGA